AUGACAAGACCCGAGAUUAUUCGUGCCGACACGAUCGACCUCCAAGGCCGCGGCGCGCACUCUACUCAAGCCUACCAUAGCUCGACAUAUAACCACGGACCCCUGGCUCCGCACCAGGCUGAGACCCUUCGUGAAGUUGCAGCAGAGGCGGCUGAGGAAGCGAUUCAUAGCCCCCGAGUCUCUUGGUCCGGAGGCGAGGCUGGUGGCCUCCAUCACUACGCACACGAUCACGAAACCGGCGUUGGCCAGGCUCACGACAACCUACAAAAUCAACUCUAUAACGGCGGUGGAAACAACAUGGCUUCGCGCUCGCACCAGGAUGCCUUGGCCAUUGCGCAGAAUGGCGGGCAUUCCGACAUUGAUGAUGGGGACCUCGACGGCGAUAACGAGAUUGAUGACGACGAUGAUGGAAUGGACAAGAUCUCCAGCUCGCCUUCGAUAGAAGACGGUGGGUCCUCCUUUACUCUUCCACUCUUGCCGCCACACAGUUGCGACGGUCUUACCCUCCCACGAGGCUCACCCGAAAGUUCGUUGGCUUCGUCUCCAGUCAGCGACCCGAGGUCUUCUUCUCCGUACCUCAACCGUCCUGACUACUUAUCUCCUGGUCGUGCGACCCAAGCCAUAGGCGAGAGCUCCCCCAGCACCCUUCGUCGCCAUCAUCAUCAUGAGGGUAAGUAUGGGAACUUCGACCUAACGGGUGGUCCGACCCCAGGAGCCGAAGCGUACGCCUUUUUAGAGGAGGAGAUGCGUAACUCCCGCUGGUUGCUUUCGGAAUACUCGUCUAGGCUGAAUGGCAGCAAAUUCAGCGCCGUUGCGUCAACGGAGAAUACGUCAGGAGCGGCAGCAAUUCGAACGUCAGUGAAAGGUUCAGGGUCGGAAAGCGACAGUCCUAGGUUGACGGUACCAUACGAGUCCGACACAGAUGAUGAUGGCGACUUUUCACGCGUUCACGAUGCAGACUUCCUCGAAUCGGGCUGGGGUGGAGAGUGCUUACAAGAUACAGAGGACAUCGAUUUCGAGUUUGUUUACGCCCUCCACACCUUUGUCGCUACUGUCGAAGGGCAAGCCAACGCGACAAAAGGCGACACCAUGGUUUUGCUCGACGACAGCAACAGCUACUGGUGGCUAGUGCGCGUCGUGAAAGACAGCAGCAUCGGCUACCUGCCCGCCGAACAUAUCGAGACGCCAACAGAGAGAUUGGCACGUUUGAACAAACACCGAAACAUUGACCUAUCCGCCACUAUGCUUGGGGAUCAAGCUGACAAGCCUCGAAACGCCAUAAUGUCUGCGAUGAAACGAACGAAGCGAAAGACCGUCCAGUUCGCUGCUCCUACAUACGUUGAUUACUCUGAUAUUGAUUACUCUACGGAAGAAGAAGAUCUAGACGCAGAAUAUUUCGGUCAGCAGCAACAGGCACAGAAAACGCAGCAGUCGAAUGUUCAGCAAAUAGAACCUGACACGGACCCCGAGGACGAGACAGCAAAGGUUGAACCUCUAAAGCCCAGGCCACUACAAACGAAAACGGGUGAAGACAGCGCAGGUCGAUCUGGGAUUCGAAACAGCGAAGAAAUCUUCGAGUCGAAACCGAGCGAAGGACCUAAGAAGUCCAGCGACGGAAAUGUCCGGGACUCCUUCUUCAAGGACGAUGUUGAAACCAAGAAGAUCACCCUUACUCCUAAUCUUCUCCGCGACGAUUCCGCCACGAGGACGUCCAGUGAUUCAGUCCAGUCGAAGCAGCGUCCAAGCUUGGAUAAGCUCGAGAAAGACAGCCCGACCAGCAAAGAUGACAAGAAAAGGAAGGAGAAGGAGAACUCAAAGAAGCCUAGUGCAAUUCGAAGCUUCUUCUCCCGAAAAGACAAGAGGAAAGGACAGGAAGAUGAUGAGACCCACGGAAAGUCGCCCCAGGAUGCCGACGGCCACGAAAGGGAACAUGAGGAGGACGAGCGGAAUAUUCUGUCAUCGCCGGAGAGUGCACCAGCCCCGCAACGAAAUCCAAGCAAGUUGCAAAAGUCACAACCCACCAACGCGAAGCCCAUUGCUGGAAUACUCAAGGAUACCAGUAUGGAUGCGUCAAACUACAUGUCUGCUGGAAGGAUCAACAAUGUCUCAAACACUCCUCCUUCUACAAUGCGCCUGGUCGAACCGGAACCAAACGAUAUGACAGAAGGAAGCCCGCAAGAGCAAAGAGGGAAUAGGGAACAGUCACCAGAAUCUUCCAGGAAGCAAGAGAGCGUGGGUCAAUCUCGGGAUGCCGGGGCUCAGCAGCUUACCCAACCUCAACCCCGCUCAGAGAUGGAUUUCGAUUCUGAUGAAGAUGACAACACGGGUCCUGCACAAGAGCUACCAGCAACAGCCCAAGAACCCCAGAGGCAGCAAGAGCGGUCUGCACCAGCUUCUCGCAACCCUUUCGCUACCGCACAGCCUGCGGCUUCUAGUGUGGCGCCGUCACAUCAGCAGCACGCUGAGCGCUUGUCCGAGUCUCCUGUACAUGUUUCACCUGUUCAAGCUGAUCACCGGACUUCGCCGACACCUCCUCUGAUGGCUGACUCAUCCAGCCAAGAGGAUCGAUCCUCAGAACGACUUACGCCGUCACCGGAAUUGGUUGAGCAUGAAGAUGAUGGAGCGGAUGAUAAGGACAUUGCUCCUCCUUCACCAGUUUCGGCUAGUACGCCCACCUGGAAUGAUGCCAGUCUUCGUGCCUUCUUCGACUCGGGAUCUGAGAUUCGGGAUAUGCUUGUUGUGGUCUAUGACAAGUCGGAUAUUGAACCUGUUGGGCCAGAUCACCCAAUUGCCGGCUCCUUGUUCAAAGAGCAGAAUGCCAAGUUGGCGGAAAUCACGACGCAACUUGACAAUAUGCUCGGUGACUGGCUGGCUCGCAAGCAGAGGUUGAGGGGCGCUGUUUGA